UCAGACACCUAAAUACUUUUGCAUUCUGAAGUUAUGAUAUUCCAACAGUGGCAAUGUAUUUUUACCCAGACCCAGGAGACGAGGGCAGCACCUCAAGAGGAUAGGAUACUUCGACAUCUCCUCCAGGAGAAAGAGGGGAAAAUAAAAAGACUUCAGAAAGAGCUUGCCGAGGAACAGGCUCACAGCCGGAGGCUGGGUUUGGCCCUUGCAAUGAAAAUUGAAGCUGCCUCAGAACCGCAAUGGAGGAGGCCUGGUACUUCAAGCGAGGAGCAUCUGUUGGCUGAACCACCGUCUUUUGAAGGCAUUGAACUGCUCGAAGACUCGCCAAGUCGUCUAGUAGAGGAGGUCCCCAAAAGUCCAGUGCCAUCAACCUCGUACACAGGAAACCUUUCCGGAGCGGAAAAGUCUACCGACCAACCUUCACUGGGCCAAGCUCCUAUACCGUCAGCUGACCAGCAACCGGGAUUCCUGCUGCCAGAGCCCGCUCUACCAUGUGCAGGCCCUGCACCACCAGUGCUGAUCGAAGGAGAUGGAAUGGUGGCCUGAUGUACUAUGAGAGGACAAAGAAGCCAGAGCCUGAACGUCGCCCGAUCCUGGAGCUCCAGACGGUAGUCCGCGACAUCUUAAAAGACUUCUUGCCUGAUGUUGCGAGGCAGGGCAGAAGGAGGGUCGCUCCGAAAGAAUAAAAUGGCAGUGAUUCCUUA